UGACUUUUUGUAUGUUUGUCCAUUAUCAAUCGAAGACUUGACUGUUAAAUCUGAAACUGUUAUACAUGUCGCUGUAAAAAACGGGAGUUUGAAAGCCUUUAAAGUAUUGUUAGGAUGGCUUCGACGCUUCAACAAAGAGGAGAUCCUGAAGUGGAAGGACGAGGAAGGAAACAAUGCAUUGCAUACUGCAGUAUCUACAAAUCAACCUCAGAUGGUGAAGCUGUUGAUUGGAUAUAUGAAAGUGAAUAUAAAGAACAGUAAAGGUUUGACAGCUUUGGAUAUGUUCUAUGAUCGCCAAGGUUCGCUAGAUGCAGCUGUUGGGGACAUUCUACUUGCUGCUAAAGCUAAAAAAGCAUCUGAACUAAUCUAUCGUGGGCCUACAAUACUUAAAAAAAUAUUUAUUCAUCUAUUAGGUUCAGAAAAAACUUCACUAGUAGAGCACUUUUCUGGUGGCUUAUCGUUUUCAGGAAGAAUUCUGAAAAGAUUCUCGCUAGGUUACCGAAGAGUUGAUGAAGUUCCCCUUGAAGUCCGAAAUGUACUACUUGUGGUUGCUAUAUUGAUAGCCACAGCCACCUAUCAAGCAGCACUAAGUCCCCCGGGAGGUUAUUGGCAAGAUGACAGCAAUCUGCAGCCUGCAGCCAACAACACUGGUAUCAGUAACUCCACCUGGAUCCAAGAACAUUCUGAACAACAUGCUGCAGGGGAGAUGAUUCUGUGGUCUCAAGAACAAUUAUUAUUUUUUACAUUUAAUUCUUUGGCUUUUUUUACGUCUGUGUGCUUUAUUUCCACUCUCGUAACUGGCCUCCCAUUUGACAGAAUCAUUAUCACAAUGACAUCCUGGAUGGUAUUUUCGUAUUAUUUUUCUAUUCGUGAAACUUUUAACGACACCGAAUGUGGCUUUUUAGGCUUUUUGUUUAUCUUUUUCCUGCCUGCAAGUUUUCUUGCAAUAAAUUAUAUCCCAUUUUUCUUAGAUCACCAACAUUCGAAGCUCACACUGCAUGGCCGCCGGAAGAACCUUCGUUGGGGAAGCUUUGAACAACCUAAGAUGUGA